ACCAGUGCACACUUUAGAGCAGAUGCUGCAGAAUGCAGUCUGUGUAUUAAAUGUGUGGGUGCUAAACUGCAGUGUGUGAGUCAGUGCUUUUGGGUUUCUCUGAAAACGUGUCAUUAAAUGUUUCUGUGCUUUCUGCAGGAUCUGAAGGACUUGAUGAGGAAGGUGGGUGAAGUGACCUUUGUGGAUGCACACAGGACCAAGAAGAAUGAGGGGGUGGUGGAGUUUGCUUCACACAGUGAUAUGAAGAAUGCCAUAGAGAAGCUGGAUGGAACAGAUCUGAAUGGACGCAAAAUCAAGCUGUUUGAGGAUCACAAGAGGGAGUAUGUACCAGACAAUCUCACAUGACUUCAAAUUGCAAAGUUCUCACACUGGGUUUUUGUAGGUCUAAUAAUGUCUUUCAUUAGUCCUACCACAAUU